GCCGCGGAGGCCCCCGCUCGGGAGCACCAUGUUGCCCCGCCCGCUGACCCCGCUGGCGGCCCCAAAUGGCGCCGAGUCCCUGGGCCGGGCGCUGAGGCGGGCUCCCCUGGGCAGGGCCCGGGCCGGGCUGGGGGGGCCGCCCCUGCUGCUGCCGUCCAUGCUGAUGUUCGCGGUCAUCGUGGCCUCCAGCGGGCUGCUGCUCAUGAUCGAGCGGGGCAUCCUGGCGGAGAUGAAGCCGCUGCCCCUGCACCCUCCCCACCGCGAGGGCGCAGCCUGGCGUGGGCCCGCCCCCAGGCCUGGGGGACUGCCCCUGGAUGCCGGGGACGCGGACGUGCAGGUGAGGCAGGACGUCCGGAACCGGACCCUCCGGGCGGUGUGCGGGCAGCCGGGGAUGCCCCGGGACCCCUGGGACUUGCCGGUGGGGCAGCGGCGCACCCUGCUGCGCCACAUCCUCGUGAGCGACCGCUACCGCUUCCUCUACUGCUACGUGCCCAAGGUGGCCUGCUCCAACUGGAAGCGGGUGCUGAAGGUGCUGGCGGGAGUGCUGGACAGCGUGGACGUGCGUCUCAAGAUGGACCACCGCAGUGACCUGGUGUUCCUGGCCGAUCUGCGGCCGGAGGAGAUUCGCUACCGCCUGCAGCACUACUUCAAGUUCCUGUUCGUGAGGGAUCCUUUGGAACGCCUGCUCUCUGCUUACCGCAACAAAUUUGGCGAGAUCCGAGAGUACCAGCAGCGCUACGGGGCAGAGAUCGUCAGAAGGUACCGGGCUGGAGCGGGUCCCAGCCCCGCAGGGGACGAUGUCACCUUCCCGGAGUUCCUGAGAUACCUGGUGGACGAGGACCCUGAGCGCAUGAACGAGCACUGGAUGCCAGUGUACAACCUGUGCCAGCCUUGUGCAGUGCACUACGACUUUGUGGGUUCCUACGAGAGGCUGGAGGCUGAUGCCAACCAGGUGCUCGAGUGGGUACGGGCACCACCUCAGGUGCGGUUCCCCGCUCGCCAGGCUUGGUACCGGCCAGCAAGUCCCGAAAACCUACACUAUCACCUGUGCAGUACCCCUCGGACCCUGCUGCAGGACGUGCUGCCGAAGUAUAUCCUGGACUUCUCCCUCUUUGCCUACCCACUGCCUAAUGUCACCAGGGAGGCCUGUCACCAGUGACCAUGAGUAUGGACCAGCAGCUGCUGGGGACUCAUUUUGACAAGGCCAGCUUUUUGUGCUAACACCUGCCCUUCAGAGAAACUCUGGCUCUGGGGCCUGGGGCUUCUCCAGAUAUCAAGGCACUGCCCUCAGAAGUUCCUUGUGGGUGCUUACAGUGGCUCAGAGAACAGGACUGGACAGGAGGCCUGGUACUCCCCACUGGGGAGGGCACCGUGAUCCUUCUUGCCCAGACAGGGCCAGAUACCAGUUGGCCAUAAAGCGCCAUAUCUGUUUUAAAGACUGGCUCCAGGUCUUCUGCAGCAGGGAUUACAUGGUCCAUUAAUUUAACCUGUGGCCAAAUGCAGAUGGGGCACCAAUCAGGUGCACAGAGGGUGUGAAGUUGUGUGUGUAUCUUUGAUCCCAUUCAUUCACACGUCAUGUGCCUCAGGGCUGGAGUCGGCAGUCGAGCCUUAGGAAUGAUGUGCCUUCUGCUUAAGACUCAGAUUUUCCUGUUCGUAUCAGAUUUUUUCUGUUUUUCCAAGGAAAGGAAAACUGAGUCGGGGCCCUUGCUUGGUUGCUCCAGCAGGCCCUGGCCCAACAGACAUCCAAAGAUCCUUGUACCCAGCCUCUUCUGGGUUCCUCUGGGAACCUGCUCUCCCCCCACCCCAAGGUUGAGACUGGCUGCUGUAGCUGGCUGCCACUGCUCUGACGCACAUCUAUUUAAAAUUUGUACUUUUUGAUAGAACCUUUACAAAGUCUUUUUUUCCUAAUGCUGAAUUUUUAAUAAAGCUGUUUUGUAUAC